UUUCUUUGUUGGCCUUCAUUUGUCAGGAAUUGUUCAUGAUAGAUCUCAUUCAUUUGUCAUUUAUCACUUAGAAUUGUUGAUGGUCAAGCAAAAUGGAAGACAAAUGCACUGACCUGUCUCUCCAGAUCAGCGCAUCAUCGACCACCGUCAUCCAUGGAUCCUCGCCAAACUGGGAUCUCUUUGGAGAUCCAAGCAUGGAAGAGCCGAUUUCCAGUAGGAGGAGGAGUGAGGUGAACGAACCCAAGUAUGGCGAGCCGUCGCUGAGGCUGGAACUCAAGGUCCAGGCAUCUGGUCCAGACGACCACAGAAGAAACCAACACCCUCGCAGUGGAGUCAAGCGGAGUUUGGGGAAGAGGAGCAGUAGAGCUCCACGAAUGAGGUGGACUACCAGUCUCCACGCCCAUUUCGUUCAUGCGGUGGAGCUCCUCGGUGGCCAUGAGAGGGCAACGCCAAAAUCAAUCUUGGAACUGAUGAACGUGAAAGAUCUAACACUAGUUCAUGUGAAGAGCCAUCUGCAGACGUAUAGAACAGUGAGGAGCACCAACAGAGUGGCAGGCCAAACUCAGGCUGAUAUGGGCAUGAGCAAGAGGACAGGCAGCGGGGAAGCGGAGGAAGUACUGGCAGGUGAUAAAGCUGGAAACGAGUUCAUCAUCCCCUCCUAUACUUCCCUCACCUCAUCAACAACCCCACCAAGAACCCUACCAAAUCCCCAAGAGAGCUUCAUACAUCAAGUGAAGGGAGUGCUUGGAAACCAUCAUUCCAACAAAGUGUUGUAUCAAACCCCUUUCUCUACUGUGACAACUUCCAAAGUCAAGAAAGUCAGGCAGUAGAAAUGCAAGGCCUGGAUCAGGAGCCAGUCAUGGAUGGUGAAGAGAAGCAAAGAUUGAGAACAAUAUCUGCGACAGGUCCGCAUACUGAGCUCGGACUGCAUGCCAAGCUGCUCAACAUGGAUAUCAGCUUAGGAAGAGAGAGUUGGUGUAUGGAUCAUGCUGAUUCUUCAAAUGAUUUGACACUGAUUUAUUUGUAAACUUGGAAUAACCUACCUUUCCUUUUUCAUGUCAUAUUAGGAAUGUUUAGGAAAAAAAGACAAGAAAAUUCAAAGCUUUAA